AUGCAAAAACGUAUUAAAACAGAAACACCGGUUGUCAGUGCUGUCGCAUGCGACUACAUCGAGGAGCUUCAGAAAGCGCGCAGCGACGCCAGAUUUCACAAAAAUAUUGGCGACCACGAUAUGCUGUGUGGAUUAAAAGAUGACUACCAACCAUUGUUGGAGCAGCUGACACCCGGAAGCAGUUUAGUAUAUUUUGUAUGCAGUGAGCAAUGCUGA